CCAAACGUUCAGAAUGAAAACCACCCCAUGUUAUUCAACACCCUGCCCUGGCGAAAUAAACAAGAAUAAAAUUUAAGAAGUCUUUUGAAUAUAAAUACCGGAUAACUUACUACCGACAUGGGCGAUGCUGACAGAGCAAUGAACAAUCCGGAAAUGGCCAAAACGGUGGCCGGAAUCCAGGUGAUUCCCGCCGAGGACGUGGCCUCCAUUGAGGAGGUAAUCACCAUCGAUCCGGAGUGCUACGAGCUGGAUCUGAAUCAUCACCGGAUCGAGAAAAUGGAGAACUUCGAGCAGCUCACGCGGAUCGAACGCCUAUUCCUUCGCUGGAAUCUGAUCAAGAAGAUCGAGAACUUGUCCACUCUGAAGACCCUGAUUGAACUGGAGCUCUACGAUAAUCAGAUCACCAAAAUUGAGAACCUAGAUGACUUGACCAAUCUGGAGGUGCUGGACAUCAGCUUCAAUCGACUCACGCAGAUUGAAAACCUGGACAAGCUGGUUAAAUUGGAGAAGGUGUACUUCGUGUCCAAUCGUAUUACCCAAAUCGAGAACCUACAAAUGCUCACCAAUCUCACCAUGCUGGAGCUGGGGGAUAACAAACUGAAGAAGAUCGAAAAUAUCGAAAUGCUGGUGAAUCUGCGACAGCUCUUUCUGGGCAAAAACAAGAUAGCCAAGAUUGAGAAUCUCGACACACUGGUUAACCUGGAGAUACUCAGCCUUCAGGCCAAUCGUAUUAUAAAAAUCGAGAAUCUCGAGAAGUUGGCCAGCCUCCGUGAGCUCUACAUAUCGGAGAAUGGAGUGGAAACCAUUGAAAACCUCUCAGAAAACAAAAAUCUGGAGACCCUAGACCUGGCCAAAAACCGAAUAAAGGCCAUUGGUAACUUGGAGAGCCUGGAACUCCUAGAGGAACUCUGGCUAAACCACAACGGAGUGGACGACUGGAAGAACAUCGAGCUGCUUAAAGUGAACAAGGCCCUGCAGACCAUCUAUCUGGAACACAAUCCGGUGGCCAAGGACGUCCGCUACCGCUCCAAGCUACGCGACAUUCUGCCCCAGUUGCAGAAGAUCGACGCCACCCUGUGCAAGGCUCCAGGAUCCUAGAUUCGUUGGCUGUAACCCUCUUACAAGACUAACCCAUUUUUAUUGAUAUACUUUGAGAAACUGCGUUUAAAAUAUAUUUAAAAAUUUA